GCCGCCAGUCGCACAUAUCCUCAACCCAUUUCGAAUAUAUAGCCUGCGAAGAUCAAGGACACCAUGGAUAAUCCCGCCUAUGUGAUAGAUUGUGAAAAUGAGUUCGCCAUCGCUGGGGAACGCGAGGAGAAGCUCUCGGAGAAGCCGCGGCCCCACACCUUUGAGGAGGCCAUCACGCUGACGGGAGUGGGCCGCUUCCACUACCAGCUGCUGCUCAUCUGCGGCCUCUGUUUCAUGGCCGUGAUGGUGGAGAUAAUGGGCGUCAGCCUAAUCAUGAACCAGAUGAAGUGCGACCUCCAGCCGACGCUCGAUGAGCAGGGCAUCCUGGCGUCGGCCGGCUUCCUGGGCGUCGUCCUGAGCUCCCAUGCCAUGGGUUUCCUGGCGGACACCUGGGGCCGGGCCACCACCCUCAAGUACGCCCUGUGCCUCAGCUCCGUGUGCUCGAUCGUCUCCGGCUUCUCGGUGAACAUCUGGAUGCUGAUUGUCUUCCGCUUCCUCACGGGCUUCUUCAUUUCCGGCGGCCAGGCGUGCGUCUUCAGCCUGUGCGGCGAGUUCCAUGGCAAUGGCUCGAGGGUUCGGCACGUGACGCUGCUCUCCGGCUUCCUCUGCAUGGCCAUGAUCUUUGCUCCAGCCAUGGCAAUUGGCAUUUUGCCCCUGCGCAUCGAGACCAUUGUGCUGGGCAUGCGCUUCUCGUCCUGGCGCGUUUUGCUCCUGGCCAACGUCUCGGUUUCGCUGCUGGCCCUCGUGGGGAUCAGCACUCUGCCCGAGACACCCAAGUAUCUGCUGGUCCAGGGACGUGGCGAUCAGUCGCUGGACAUCCUGCGCACCAUCUUUGCCAAGAAUUCCGGCAGAAGUGCCUCGGAAUAUCCGGUUAAGGAGGUGGCUCUGGAGAGCGGAGGCGCCAGUUUGUCCGAUGUGCAUGGCUUCGUGGAUGCAGUGCGUCUCGUCUGGCACCAGACAGUGCCGCUCUUCCACCGCGAGCGACUGUGGCACACGCUGAACAUCUGCAGCAUCCAGUUCCUCAUCUACUUCCUGGCCCAGGGCAUCUUCAUGUGGUUCCCCACCAUCCUGGAUGAGCUGGGCACACGCAAUGGCGAGGACAUACUGCUCUGCACUGUCCUCCAGGACUUCAAUGUGGAUCUGGGGGGCUCGCAGGAGGAAGCGGCAGCAAGCUGCUCCGUGGCUGUGGACACCUCCACGUACCAGGUGAUGAUCAUCAUUGGAGCCUGCUUUGUGAUGAUUUAUCUGCUCUUUGCCUACAUCAUCGAUUAUAUAGGCAAGAAGAAUCUGCUGAUGGCCUGGAUGGUACUGACCAUGAUUUGCCUGGUGGCCCUGCACUAUGUGGAGCAGUUCGCCCUGGUGGUGGUCGCCCUGACCGUUGUGAUGGCCAUUGGCAAUUGCGGCGGUCUGGUCAGCACCAUUGCCAUGGAGUUCUAUCCGACGCACAUCAAUGCCAUGGGCAUGUGCUUCAUCAUGAUGGUGGGUCGCUUGGGCGCCGUCGUGGGCAGCAAUCUCCUCGGGCGCCUGCUCUUCGCCAGCUGCGAUCCCAUCUUCUGGGCCCUUCUGGCUCUCGUGGUGCUCCUCUGCUCCCUGGGCUACUUCCUGCCGGAGAAACCGCCCGCCAAACGGACGAAGGAGCCAUCGGCCACAGCGAAGGCAAUCGUGGCUGCCACCACGAGUCCCAUAUUCGCUAUUAACUCCAAGUAGGAUUAG